AUGGCUCUUAGUCUUAUUGUUGACGAUGUCUCUUCCAUUUCAAAGGAAAAGGAUGUGUGGAGGGUUAUUGUGAAGGUGGUGCGGAAGUGGUUGACUCCAUGUUUCGAUCGUUCAAAACUCCCUAAUUCAAUGGUGUUGGUUUUAAUGGAUGCAGAGGGUGAAAAGAUUCAUGGCACAGUGCGGAGGACUCAUGUUUAUAAGUUUCAACCUUUGUUAGUUGAGGGUCGAGUAUACAUGCUAUCAUAUUUUACUGUUGGUGAUAGCGCUCCUGAUUUUCAUACAAGGUCUCACGCUUACAAGAUAAUCUUUGAGUUUGAUUCAGCUGUCCAAACUCUAACCGACGUUCCCAUCGCUAUGAGUCCCUAUUCAUUUGUUCGUGUUUCUACAUCAAACCCUGUUAGUCGGUGA